AUGAGCCCCCUGCUGUACUACGCCCUGCCUGCCCUGGGUGGCUAUGUCAUGCUGUCCAUCUUCUUCCUGCGCCGGCCUCGCCUACUGCAUAAGCCCUGGGUUCCAACCUAUCGUGUCUGCCUGGGGGCCCACCGAGGAGGAUCUGGAGAGCGACUGGAGAGUACCAUGGAAGCCAUGGAAAAUGCCAUAGCCCAGCGAGCUGACCUCCUAGAGCUUGACUGCCACCUGACAAAGGACGGCGUUGUGGUGGUAUCACAUGAUGAGAACCUGUCCCGCCAGUCAGGCCUGAAUAGGGAUAUAAGCAGCCUGGACUUUGAGGACCUGCCCCUGUAUAAGGAAGAGCUGGAGAUUUAUUUCUCACCAGGCCACUUUGCUCAGGGGUCAGACCGGGACAUGGUGAGUCUGGAGGAUACUUUCCAGAAGUUCCCAAGGAUGCCUAUGAGCUUGGAGAUCAAAGAGGAAAAUGAAGAACUCAUUCAUAAGACAGCUAGCCUGGUGAGGCGCUUUGACCGCAAUGAAAUCACCAUUUGGGCCUCAGAGAAGAGCUCAAUCAUGAAGAAAUGCAAGACCGCUAACCCUGAGAUGCCAAUGUCCUUUACGAUAACCAGAGGACUCUGGGUGCUGCUACUCUAUUACCUGGGGCUGCUGCCUUUCAUCCCCCUCCCGGAGAAGUUCUUCUUCUGCUUCCUGCCCACCAUCAUCAACAGGACCUAUUUCCCAUUUUCCUGCUCUGGGCUGAACCAGCUGGCAGCAGUGAUUUCAAAAUGGAUCAUCAUGAGGAAGAGUCUAAUCCGCCACUUGGAGGAGCGUGGGGUGCAGGUGAUCUUUUGGUGCCUUAAUGAAGAGUCAGAUUUUGAAGUGGCCUUCAGCCUGGGAGCCACUGGCGUCAUGACUGAUUAUCCCACAGCCCUGCGGCACUACCUGGACAACCGUAGACUAGCUGCCCGGGCCUCAUAA